UCAUCGGAAAUAAAUGGGAAACAUAUCAAACCAUGCUUGAGAGUGAUUAUAACGAAGGAGCUGCGAUGGACGCGAUCGGACUUCGGAGGUAUUGCUGUCGACGUAUGGUCUUAACCCAUACAGAUUUGAUCACAAAAUUACUUCAAUAUAACCCUCAAGAGAGAAGUCGUGAGCAAUUCAGAGCUCAAUUUCGUCAACAGCCUGGAGGUCCUUUACCAACUAAAGGAGCUGGUUCAAGAUCGCCUGCAAGGACUGGUUAA